AUGAUCGAAGGUCGACUUCAGAUAAAAGCUGAGUUUAUGGAGUUAAAAUAUGGCUCAAGAUGCAAUCUUCGUAUGGCAAUCGGCACUAAAAACGCAGUUAGCAACUAUGAUGAUGAAGCGAUUAGGACAGAAAUUUUUCAAUUUAUUCGCCUAUCUUUAAGAGCGGCGAGUAGAGUUAAAGCUGCAAUAAGUACGCUACUAAAGCGUAUUUAUAUCACGGAUCAAGCCAGUAUGUCUGCGGCGACGCUAUUUGUGACUCAAUCACUAUUUUUCUGGCUGGAUUUAGAAGGAAAUAGCACAGACUAG